AUGGCCGCUUCGCGCUUAGCUUCGAUAUUUGGUACAGAGCAAGAUAGAGUGAAUUGCUCAUUCUAUUAUAAGAUAGGUGCAUGUCGCCACGGUGAAAGAUGUUCUAGAAAGCACAUCAAACCACAGUUCUCGCAGACUAUACUUUUGCCUAACGUAUACCAGAGUCCAGCACAUAGACCAGAUAGUAAAUUAGACCAAAGGGGUAUUCAAGUUGACUUUGAUAUGUUCUUCGAAGAUUUAUACAUGGAACUUUGCAAGUACGGAAAUUUAUUAGAGUUGCACGUAUGCGAUAAUGUUGGUGAUCAUUUGAUUGGAAACGUUUAUGCUAGGUUCGAAUGGGAAACAGAGGCACAAGUAGCAGUUGAUCGAUUAAAUGAAAGGUGGUAUGCUGGCAGACCUUUGCAUUGCGAGUUAAGCCCUGUCACGGAUUUCAGAGAAGCUUGCUGCAGGCAAAACGAUACAGGUGAUUGUAACAGAGGAGGAUUCUGCAACUUCAUGCACCUGAAGAGACCAACAAGAUCAUUAAUUAGGGAUUUACAACACUCUCAAAGACUUGAAAGGAAAUUACAUGAACCUGCUACUCAACCUGAAAGCAAUGGGCAUGGAUCAAGAAAUAGAUCAAUGUCUCCAGGUAGAUAA